AGAUGCCUAAUAUGUUUACUACACAGAACAUUGAAGAGAUUCAAAGUGAUAAUGAUUACGAAGAUAAUGUUGAAUUGAUACUGGAUGCUUCACACAAAUUUGAGAGUAAUCAAGAAAUAUCUAAUACAAAUGUACUUAACAAAACUGUAGAUCUUUUUGUCGGUUAUUCUUUCACAUCAUGGGAAGAUAUAGACACAAUUAUGGGAAUUUAUGAGGUUUGCUAUUUUACAAAUCAUGAGUUGGUGAAAAAUCGAUUUAAUGCAAAUGAAAUUUUGGGUCCAAAUCCUUCAACUGUACAUAAAAUAGUUAGUGUUGAUUUGCACUAUGCAGCACAAAAAAGCUUAAAUAUAGUGAAAUUUGGGGACUUGCCCAACAGGCUGCUCAACUUUCCAUUGAAAAAACAAUUAUCAGGAGAUGAAAAUGAAAAGUAUGAUGUUGAUAAAGAAAAUGAAUUUAAUCAAGUUAAAAAUCUAUUAGUAUCUCGACACAAAGGACAUUUGGCAACUAAAUGUUACAAGUCAGCAACUGAAAAAAAACAAAAGCCACAAUCAAAAUAUACUUGUAGUACGUGCGGUCAAUCAGGGCAUAAUAUAGCGAGGUGCCAAAAUCACUAG